AUGUCUCCUCCGCAAGAUCCCAGCCGGCCGGGCAGUACUGAUUCCCCUCUCCCUCUGACCACUCCUCCAGCCUCGACCGACCGUGGUCUCACUCCGCCUUCGCCGCACCCGCGCCGGAAGCCGGACAGGUCGUGUGUGCUCUGCCACCGGAGGAAGAUCCGAUGUGACAGACAAACACCAUGCUUGGCAUGCGUGAGGGCUCGCCUCACGUGCACAUAUCCGGCUUCUGACAAGCCUGUCCGUCGAGUUCGCAAGGCUACGAUUGCGGAUGUUGCCUCGAGGAUAUCGGACCUUGAGAAAACCAUUGUGGCGGCGUCGUCCAUCGAUCAAGGAAAUGCAACGAGGAGGUCAUUGCCGCCACAUGCUCAUGAACCUGGAGAAAUCCCUUCGGAGGAGGUUUUGAUCAGAAAUGGCACCUCAAGCCAGUACUUUAAUGAACUUCUCAUCUCCAAAGUCAUUGAAGAGGAUCAAGAUAAAUCAUCACUGCUACAUACACCGUACAGUGAAACUAGGGAACAGGAUCUUGACUCACCCUUCAGUCUUAUGGGCUUGCUGUCAAGUCCUGCCGUAUAUGAUGACAAGGAGAGAGGCUGGCGGUUAUCACGGUUAAGUGCCACGCAAUUGUGGCACAUAUUCGUGCAAAAUGUCGAUGCCACUAUCAAGAUAUUGCACAUUCCGACAGACGAGGUGACUAUUUUCACCGCCAUCCAUCAACCGGAAUCGGUAUCCAGUGAUGUUCUGGCUAUGGUCAACGCCGUGUACUUUGCGACUACGUUAACCUUGGAGCCGGAGGAAGCCCAGCACAUUCUGGGUGUUGACAAACCAAAUGCCUUGCGAACAUUCAAAAGGGAAUUUCAGAUGCACUUGGCAGGGGCAGAUAUGCUGGAGAACCCAACAGUCGUGCUCCUGCAAGGGCUGGCCAUAUAUCUGGCAUCAUCGCGGGCUUAUUAUCACGGAAGAGGCAUCUGGAUCUUAAACGGUCUUGCUUUGAGAAUGGCGCAUUCCAUAGGCCUUCACCGAGAUGGAACUAAGCUGGGAAUGUCGCCAUUUGAAUCCGAAGUCCGAAGGCGGCUGUGGUGGCAUUUUCUGGCCAGAGAUGGAAGAGCUGCUGAAGACCACGGUAUUGAUUCAUGGUCUACGGUCCCUGGUUACGAUACCAAAAUGCCACUGAAUGUUGACGAUAACGAACUUCGUCCGGAUAUGAAAGAGCUUCCACCUCCUCACGGUGGAUGGACUAAAAUGAGUCUUCCGCUGACAUGCAUGGAAGUGGCCCAGACCUUACAGAACAUGGCCAAUCUCUCCAUGACGCCAUCAGGAACAACACCUAAGGAGGUCAUCAGGAGUACCAUGUUCAGCCAACUCAGGUCUCGAGUAGAGCACUACAUAAAACCGUGCAACCCAGUUAUACCGAUACAGAGAAUGACGAUGAAAACGGCCCUCGCCAUGGUGCACAAGAUCGACUUUGUUACAAGGCAGCAGCUUGCCAUCUUGGAGAACCCCGAUAAACGCAAUGCAUUUGCUACGGAAGCAAACCUACUUUCUGCACUAAGGUGUCUCGAAAUCCACCUCGAGUUAUGGGGAGACGAGCUUCUUGGUCCGUAUAGAUGGUGCAUGUAUGGUCAUCCGCAGUAUCACAUGCUACUUUACGUCCUCUGGCAUUUAUGUGUUUGCCCGACUGGCCCUACCGUUGAGAGAGCUUGGGCUGUUGUGGAAAAGAUGUUUGAAUUGGAACAAGUCAGGCUUUCUACGGCCGUUUCUAACCCGGCGCUGAAAUCCGUCAUCUUGAAGAGACUGCACAAGAAGGCUGAAAUGACCAGACAGUCGUUGAUUAACGGAAACGAUAUGACAAGCUCCACGUCUAAAAUGGAUGAAGUUCCUGGUGACGAAGAGAUGCAGAAUCCUCCACAGGAAGUUGUUAUGGAUGUUCGUCGUUUCGACGGAGAGAACGUGGAUUGGAGUAACCUAAUGCAGAAUAAUAUGCCCGAUUGGAACACGUUGGUUGAGGAUUUGCAUUUAGAUUUGCAUGAUUUUUCCAGUUAUUUUUAACUGCGGCAUACUAUGUGCUCAUAUACCCAUUGACGAAGGCGCAUUUGAGAAUAAAUAGAAAUGAAUUAUCU